AUAGAAACAGAAACAGAGGAAACUGCAAACUUAUUUUCUACAGUUAAUUUCCCAUUUCUGAGUUAGUUUUUUUUCCCGAGAAACAAACAUUACUGAGAGAAAAUGGCAACACUUAGAGUACCAGAAGCUGUUCCUUCUCCAACACAAGACUCCGAAAAACUCUGAAAUGCGAUGCAAGGAUUUGGAACAGAUGAGAAGGCAAUUAUAUGGAUAUUGGGACACAGAAAUGCGAGUCAAAGGAGGAAAAUCAAAGAAACUUAUCAGGAAAUUUACAAGGAAUCUCUUGUUGAUCGUCUCUUCUCCGAGCUGUCCGGUGAUUUCAGAAAAGCAGUAAUUUUGUGGGCAUAUGAUCCAGCAGAGAGAGAUGCAAGACUGGCCAAUGAAGCAUUGAAAGCAGAAAUGAAAACCACAAAACAACUGCAAGUGAUAGUAGAAAUAGCAUGUGCACCAUCAUCUCCUCACCAUCUUCAAGCAGUAAGGCAAGCUUACUUUUCUCUAUUUGAUUGCUCCCUUGAAGAACACAUCAUUGCAUCUAUAGUCUCUCCACCCCUUAGAAAGAUUUUGGUCAGUCUGGUAAGCUCUUAUAGGUACGAUAAAGAAUUGGUUGAUACAAAUUUAGCCAAAGCGGAGGCGGAGAAGUUGCACGAAGCCAUCAAAAGUAAACAGUUAGGAAAUGAUGAUCUAGUGUUCAUCCUCAGCACUAGAAAUGUAUAUCAACUACGAGCAACUUUCCGAAGCUAUCAGCAAAACUUCGAAACCCCUAUUCACCAGGAUGUACAAAAAUGUGGAAAUGGUGAUAUGGAAUCUCUGUUGGAAGUGGUGAUUUGCUGCAUAGAUUCUCCAGAGAAAUAUUUUGCGAAGGUGAUCGGGGAUUCCAUAAUCAGGCUCGGAACAGACGAAGAUUCAUUGACGAGAGCAAUUGUGACGAGAGCUGAAAUUGACAUGAUGAGAAUCAGAGGAGAGUAUUUCAACAUCUUCAAAACUAAUCUUGAUGGUGCUGUUGUUGAUGACACUUCUGGUGAUUAUCAGAAUUUCCUGAUGACUUUACUUGGUGCAAAAAUUUGAUCAUGUGUUAUGCCCUUCUCAUAGAUAUUUCUUCUGAUUGCUGAAUUGUAUGGAAUUAAUAUUUGUGUUUAUGAUCUUAUUUAUAGUUAUCUUUCUCAGGUUAUGGUAA